UUCUCCUCAACAGGAAAGGUCUGGUGUUUCCACAAGUUAAGGGCUGGGUGGCAGGAAGUGUGUAAGCAAGGCUAUUAAUACUGCACUUCCCAUGCAGCACAGCAGCACAUCGCGGCCCCCUUCGCAGCGUGGGGAUGUGCAGGCACAGAAGGAUGUCACAUCAGCUGCUGCUGUGGUGCAGCCUCUGGGCACUCUGCUCGGCGGGUCCGGACUACGAUGAUUACUCUCAGAACAGCACCGACGAGCAGAGGACGAUGUCUCAAAACACUCUGUGUCCCCGAGCCAUCCCAGGAGAGAAGGUGACUAGUGACAACACCACCUACCUGGACAUCCAUGAGGCUGCCCGCUCCCAGCUGAGCAGCCCGGUCACAGUGUGGCUCCUCCCCUCUCUCUACACUGUCGUCUUCCUGGUGGGGCUGCCGGCCAACGGGCUGGCCCUCUGGGUCCUGGCCACAAGGAUCGAGAAGCUGACUUCCACCAUCUUCCUGAUGAACCUGGCAGCAGCUGACCUGCUGCUGGUGCUGGUGCUGCCCUUUAAGAUCUCUUAUUACUUCCUGGGGAGCCACUGGCCCUUUGGUGAAGGCCUGUGCCGGCUCACCACAGCCUUCUUCUAUGGGAACAUGUACUGCUCUGUGCUGCUGCUCACGUGUGUCAGUGUGGACCGUUACCUGGGUGUGGUGCAUCCCUUCUUCUCCCGCUCCUUCCGCAGCCCAGGCUUCGCUGCGUGCACCUGUGCUGCUGUCUGGGUUUGCGCUGCCAUCUUCACCCUGCCCUUGACCCUCCUGAAGCAGUCGUAUCCCUUGUAUAGGACAAACAUCAUCCUGUGCCACGAUGCCCUCCCCAGGCAUGAGGAGACCGAGUACUAUUUCUACUACUUUGUCUGCUUGAUUGCAUGUGGUUUCCUGGUCCCGCUGGCAGUCAUGCUGUUCAGCUAUGGCUCUGUGUUGUGGGCCCUGCUGGGCAGUGGAGAGCGGUACCUGCAUGCCAUGAAGCUCACCGCCCUCGUGCUGCUCACUCUCGUGGUGUUCUACACCCCCAGCAACAUCCUCCUCCUCAUCCACUAUUCCCAGAGCUGCUCCGUGCUCCACGGGCACCUGUACAUCAGCUACAUGCUGAGCUUGGCCCUCAGUGCCUGCAACAGCUGCAUUGACCCCUUUAUCUACUACUACGUCUCUGAGGAGUUCAGGGACAAGGUGAAGAGCAGACUCUUCGGCUGCAGCAAGCAAACCAUCACCUCUCUAAAAACCUCCAAGGAGACGCUCCCUCAGCAGAGCUCCCACUCGCAGUCUGUGGUGUGAGGCCCCGGCCCCUGCUCCUCUCCCUCCCAGGUGCUGGC